AUGGUUCGGAAGCUCGUGGACCCUAAGAACUACGAAGAAGACAAAGGGGUUGGCUUAUUAGUGGCUGGCAGCGAGUUCACUAUCGAUUUUAAGAGCUCUCGCGACUUUGGCAACAUAGAUGAGAAUGGAAGGAGAGGCGCAGCCGCCGCUGGACCUGGACGGAACGGGGGGCGACGCGCACCGCCGCUGGAUCUGGACGGAACGGAGGGCGAGGCGCAGCCGCCGCCGGCGUGUGUGUCCAAGGUGCUCGACGACGACAACCUCCUGACGGAGAUCAUCGUCCGCGUCGGCUUCCCCACCAGCCUCGUGCGCGCCGCCGGUGUCUGCAGGCGCUGGCUCAGCCACGCCUCCGACCGCGCCUUCCUCCGCCGUUUCCGCGAGCUCCACCCGCCCACACUCCUCGGCUUCUACCUCAAAAUCUACCAUAAGGAGACCACACGCUUCUUCCCAAUGCUGCCUCAGCCCCCGGAGCUCGCUGCCGUCAUCCGCCGCGCAGACUUCCGCUUGGACACCUACGACUCAGAUACCAAUCAGAGGCUGAUGGCGGUCUGCCGGAACGGCAGCGUCGUCACCAGCUGGCACAAGGUAAAAAGCCCCAGAGAUGAAAUUGCAUUUACAGUGCAAUACCCGCUGUGCUAUGAUAGAGGUAUGACCAUCCUCCCAGGAUUAAGCCUCACAAUCGAGGAAUCCGGCUACUCCACCACUUGGACACGGCUCUUCUCUAAAGAAGAAGGGGAUGGCUUGUCCCACUUUUUUCUCGUCGUGGAGAUCAUAAGCAAACCUGUUCAUGUGUAUACGUUGCAAAAUGGUGACGGUGCCUGGCGCAAACAUCUUACCUUGGCCGACUGCGAUCUGCAUCCAGGACUUGGUGCGAGAGCUGUGCUGUCUGACAACAAAAUCUAUGCGGUGAGCUCCAUGAAAGACAUUGUUGUCGUGGAUUUGAAGGCCGCAAUCUCAUCGACAAUUCAGGCCCCACACGGGGUGGAUUUUGACCUACUGGACACCGUCAUGUUGCCGCGGGCUGAUGAUGGUUCUGGUGUGUAUCUCAUCCAUAUCAAGGAGCUUCAACUUCACAUCUGGCUUCACAAUGGGGACAACUGGUUGCUGGUGGACACCAUUUGCUUGACUGAAAUCUGUGCUGAUUUGCUUGAGGAUGAUUCUACUGCUGAUUUCACGAUUGUCCAUGUGGGGGACUAUAAUGAGUUUGUGUUCUUGGAGAUGGAUCAAUGCAUACUCUACUUGGAUAUCAAACGCAGGACCCUGCGCAAAGUGUCAAGGGAGUAUGAUUUGUUUGAUAUCUAUCCUUUUAUGAUGAGCUGGCCUCCCAUCUUCCCUGUGCUCAUGGAUAGCCCUUCAAGCGACGCCACUUGAAGAAGGAUAUGAGGAAAGCUUUUGGAUGAGUUGUGACAAGGGUGCCACCAACGAAGAGCACAUGGCUUGCAUUUCCCCAGUGUAGCCGUGUUCAUUUAAAACCAGCAUAGUGGAUUAAUCAGGAUGCUAUGCAACUGGAGAAGGUACUCCUUCCCUGUGGUAGAGUACCUGUGUUGUUACUGUUGUUGUCCGCUGCAUUUGGGAAGUGACUUGUUCUGUAUGUUGAGAGUUGCGAUCUCAUCUGAUCUAGUCCCUCAGUAUCAAAAUAUAAGACGUUUUUAGUACUUGUGUUGCAGUCUUAUGUGGCUCCACACCUUGCAACCUGUGGCAUUUGGGAGAAGUGUCUUGCUGUUCACCAUUGUAGAAUCGGUUUCAGUUAGAGAUGCGCAGCCAUCUCUGCUGUAACUGUAAAUGAAAGUUCCGUUGAAUCGA